AUGCCUAGGCAUCAACAACAGCAGUCACCCUCUCCAAGAACAGCCAUUCAGCAACGAUCAACGAAUGUAUUUGAUCGAUUAUCAAGAACGAGUACGAUAUCUUCUUCUCAUAAAAGGUCUAUUGCACGACCACAAUUGCAAUCUCCUAGAAGCACAACCUCAAACACUUUUUAUAAACGUGUUCAAGAGCCGACACCACUGGACAAGAAAAGGAUAAAUACAACAUUACAACUUAACCUCGAGGGAAUGGAUGAGGCAGAGAGCGUAGAGGAACGAAUUGCACGAUUAAAAAAUUCUAUUUCAAGUGCGACUGCUAGUACUACUACAAUAUCUGCAGGUGCCACAUUUAAUGGUAAUAGUAAGUCAACAGCUCUAGUUCCCAAAAGCCGCUUUUAUAAGUUUUCUGCAGGUGACGAGACUGAGAAGACAAGCAUUAAGCAUACGCCAAGCAGGGCAACUCAACCUGUUGAGCUACUGUCACCACCAUCACAAGCACCACGAGUAGAAAAUCGAACUUCCUCAAUAUCUAACCUAGUGAAAUCACCAUCAAUACUAUCUGCACAAAACAAAACCGUAGCAAUAGAUGCGGUUCCAGAAACAAUUCGCUCAUCUACGCUAUCAACAUCAACACAAAGGCCAUUAAUCGGAAGAGAACAAAAAACCGAUUUGCAACGACCAAACAAAUCGAAUCAAUUACUCCAUCAAGCUCAUAGCCCUAUGAACUAUAAAGACAGAUCAAUAGUAUCCGAAGGGGAAGAGGAAGAAGAGACGACCAUACAGCUACAGCAAAGAUGGUUCAAGAAUCAACAAUUAUUAUUGGAAAAGAAAAAUAAAGAGAAUGAAAAGCAAACGUCUCAUGAAGGACAAAUUGAAGCUGAUGAAGAAAUGAUGGGAAGAAGAAUCUCUUUACAUUAUCGACCGGCAGAAGAACGAAAAAGAAAAGAACCUUAUGGAGAUAAUAGCACUAAUGAAAUGGUGAUUAGUAGUAAAGACAGUAAUCAUGGUUCGCUUUCAGGGGCAGCCAACAAGAGACAACGAAGGUUGUCAUUAACACAACAAUUGGCGGAUUUAAGGGAACCAUUCAUGAAUACAAGCACAACAUCAAAAGAAGAAGCAACGAGUAAGAAAAUUACAGCAGAUGAGAGUAGACAAAUGCCCGAUUUGAACAGCUAUGCAGAGGAUUCAGAUCAUCAACAACAGUCAUUGCCUGUUACUUCGGAAGGCAUAGAAGAAAGAUUCGGAUCUACAGCAACAACAGAAUUCUCUUCGCACUUUCCAUCGAACCAUAAUUUGUUUCAGCUUGAUAAUCGUGAAGAGCAAGAGACGGAUGACAUAAGGGAAAUUACAGAGUCACUGAAGCAGCUAGAAGAACAGAAAAAGCGCUUAUUUAAACAAUUAGAAGAAAAGAGAUUAUCCAAGAAACUGAACGAAUGUAGUAGAGAUUUAACAGUUUACAAGCAGUCUGAAAGCCUUAGAAGGCCAUCUACAGCUUCGUCAGUAAACGAGAUCAGACGUUUUGAACAAUUUGAUACAGAGAUUGAAGACGACAAAAAGGAUAAGCCAGAAGAAAUAUUGCGACCACUAGAAAUUCAAAACAGAAAGCAUGCAAUUAGACAACCUGAAAGGAACAAAUACACGCUCAACUAUCCAAAACAAAAACCGAUAUUAACGACAUUCGAAUCACCAGAUACAAUAAAAAACAUUGCAGAGCAUUCUCAAGUGGUUAGAAGAGCUUCCCAAAGGAUGUCGAUUGAGAACAAAAUAGAUGAAUCAUGGCAUAAGCAGUCAGAUGACUAUAGGCUACUCUCACGAAUCAAUGCACAGCCACUGAAUAGUUCAGAAAAGCCAGAAACACAAAUAAGGAACACCAAAAAAAUUCAACCGUCUGAACAUCUGAAAGCAUGGAGACAGUCAUUGCUAUUCGAUAACCAUAAUGUAUCUCACAAUGUACGUACAUUGCCUGUAAAAUCUAUCCAAGACAAAUCAAAGAAGUCAUUAGCUCCCUCAUCAUAUCGAAUAUUAGAAAAGUACCAGCGGCCACGUCUGUAUCCUUUACAGCUAGAGCCACCGCCAACAUCACCUUCUCGAUCACAAUCAAAUGUGGCAUUAAGACAAGCACAGAUUAAUACAAGACAGCCAUUCAGACAAAAAGCCCGUGAAGAUGCAAUGGAAAGGUUAGAAAAUUACUAUCAUGACGUUUACGAGGCUGAAUUACAAAAGAUUCAAGAGGGAUUCGAUGAAGCCGACAAGAUACACUCUUCAUUCGAAGAGAAGUUGAGAAAGAUCAAGGAUAGUCUGAGGCACUCUGAUGCAUUUGAAGAUGAAUAUGAAGCGAAACAUUUGAAAAAGGACGAACGGUCGCGGAAUCAACAAGCUAUUGUGAUGCUCAACUCACCAUCAUUCAAUCAUUCUGAAAAAGAAAAGAUGCCAGUAUACGAACGACAACCCUCAUAUAUUGAAGACAACCAGCACGAGAAUGAAGAGUAUACACAGGUAGAAGACAAGAAGAAAGAUAAACAGAAAGAAGACACAGAAGCAAUUAGAGUGAUUGACAAUUCAAAUUUCUUAAAAACUUCCGAAUCUACCGUCUUAUCACUACAGUCCUCUUAUCAUACAGCCAUGACAGAGUUGGAAGAGACAUUGAAGCAUCAAGAAGAGAUUAGAAAAACAAAAGAAGAGGAAAAGCUACGACAGCAACAGCAAAAUUUGACCACAAACAAAGAAAACAGCAGCAAAGGCGUAACUGCCGUAGCAUCUAAAGCGUUUAAUAUUAUCACUAACUUUCCUACAAAUGAGACCACUGCUUCAGCUUUUGAAAAGCGGAGGCUUCAGGAACAGGAUGUAUCAAUAAAACCUGUGAUAGAUGAGCAUAUCAUGAAAGCACGUAAAGUACUUGAAGAGUUACAAAUCAAGAAAGAACAAUGGAAAAGAAGAGAAUCUAUCAAACUAUUAAGCUACGAAGAAUGGCAACAGCAGCAACAGGAAAAUGAAGCAAAUGCAGAUAGCUUUCAUAAAAAUGUCAUUGGCUCCAAUGCCCUGUCGAACUCGAACAGUUCAAUUUUCAGUAAUGUCAGUAAUGAAAAAUGGAAGAUAUCAAAAGCGGCAUUAUCACGAAAUUCUAAUGGCAUACCCGCAACUGUUUCAUACUUACCGUUUACACCAACUAUACCCAAAAGUCCUAGUUUUCGGAAAUAA